UCAAUUAAAAAAAUAGAUUUAAGUCAAAAUAAUUUAAACAAACUACCAGGAUGGAUAAAUGAAUUUACAUCAGAAUCAUUAGAGGUCUUAAAUUUAUAUCAAAACCAAAUUGGGUCAGUAAACUUUUUAGCAGAACCAAUACCAUUAAGAAAACUAGAGAAAUUAAUACUAUCAAAGAAUGAAUUAACAGAUGAACAUUUAAAAGAAGGCUCUGCAAUAAACCAAAUUCUAACAUUGCGUACAUUAACAUUGUCAUCGAAUAAAUUAACUAAGGCAUUUCCAAAUCUUUCAAAUCUUGUAAAUUUAGAACGUUUAUCAUUGGAUAGAAAUCAAAUGGCUGAACCAUUAGAGCAAGAUGGUGCACCAAAUAGACUACCAUGUAAUUUGAAGUCCUUAAGCUUAUCACAUAAUUUAUUCACAAGUAUUCCAUUUACAGUGUACAAUUGCUUAACAUUACGAGAAUUGGAUUUAUCAAAUAACAAAUUAAUUGAAAUUCCAAAAGAUAUUGGUCAAUUAAAGUAUUUAGAAAGUUUGACCCUAUCGUUCAAUUCAAUCAAAUCUCUACCAAGUGAAAUAGGUGAUUGCAUUAAUUUAACAUCACUAGAUUGCCAAUCAAAUAAAAUAGAGUCCAUUCCAAACUCGAUCAACUCUUUAUCAAAACUCCACACUUUAAAUUUCUCAAAUAACCUUUUAACCACUGUUUCAAUUCAAUCAUUUAAACUACCGUCUCUAUCAAUUUUAUAUUUAGAUAAUAAUAAAAUCAAUAGUAUUGUAGUAGCUGCAGCCGAAGUUACCAAUAAUGGAGAUGAAGAAAAAGGAAAAGAAUAUAAACUAUCAGAAAUUUAUAUUAGCGGUAAUGAAUUACAGUCAAUCGAUCCAAUUUUCACCAUUAAUUCACUACGUACAAUUUCAGCAAACUUUAAUGAAAUCAAUGAAUUACCAAAUUAUAUUUGCAAUUUAAAAGAUCUCUGUAAAUUAGAAUUAAAUGAAAAUCAAUUAUCAACUUUACCAAAAUCAAUAUCGGAAAUGAAACAAUUGUAUGAAAUUGAUGUAUCAAAUAAUAAAAUUGAAGAACUACCAUACGAAUUAUCGCGUAUGAAUUGGCUUCAAGACUUAAACCUAUUUAGAAAUCCAAUAUUAAAUAACAUACCUAGAAAUUUACAAAGAAAAGGUAUUAAUGGAAUAAAGGAAUAUUUAAAAACUUUAAAAUAA